UUACGCAUGCGCAUUCUCUCCGCACUGAUUGGUGAGCACCGUACACUGUACACCUCCCUUGGUGAUCCCCUUAGCAACGGUGGCUGCGCCACUGAAGCUGUCCCAGAACCGAGACGGGGCCGAGCCUGUGUUGACCCGCGGCACGGAGGAACGACGCUAGAAGUACCGAAACUGCCCUCCUCCAGAAGUAUCACCGAUUCCUGGGACCGAGGAUGCAGCCGGAGCUAGAACAGACCUCCGAACUGCAGCUGGAACCAGAGAGGGACCUCGGCUCAGUGGGUGAAUCGGCCUCGCGGAUGCGAACAGUAACAAGGACAGAGUCGGGGACUGUAGAAGCGGAUGAAGAUCCUGCAGCCAAUUUGUUCCCGCCCCCGCUGCCCCAGCCUCGGAUCUGCAUGUGGAAGUACCUGGACAUCCAUUCCAUGCAUAGGCUGGAAAAGACAGCGAACGUUGAGGAGAUGAGGGAGGUGCUGGCAGAACUGCUGGGGCUAAGCUGUCCUGAGAAAAGCCCACAGGAAGCCAUCACCCUGGACCUCUUCUGCCAUGCACUCAUCUUCUGCCGCCAGCAGGGCUUCUCACCAGAGCAGACAUCAACAGCUUGUGCCCUGCUCCAGGAUCUUCACAAGGCCUGUAUUGCAACACCCUUGGGCAACGUGGAGGAAUGUUACCGCUACUUCACCAGUGUGCUCUUUUGCCAUGGAGUCAGGCGGCCCCCCUUCAGUAUCAACCUCUUUAAGGAGGAACAGCUGCUGGCACUUGCAGACUAUGUGGUUAAUACCUACUUCCGCCACUUCAAGCUCUACAAAUAUGUUUUUACACCUCAGGUGCGGCUGGAUCUAUCUUUGACUUACACGGGGCUACUGCCACCCAAGCUCUCUCCAGAGGGUGAGACCGAGGAAGAAGUUGAGGAGGUGGAGGAGGAGAUAGUCAUCCCAAAGGAGGAGGAAACGGAAACAGUGGCCGAGUCACAGCAAGAGCCAAGCCAAGUCUCCUUCCUGCAGGCCUACAUCAAGACCCAGCUGACCAAGGAAGUGGAGCAGCUCCAACAGCUGGUAGAGGAGCAGCUCAAGGCCAGUGAGGAGAGGCUCAGCAGCAAACUGACCACACUAGAGAGGCCCUUGCAGUUACCUCCAAGCAAAGGCAAAAACAAGAACAAGUGACCCCCAGUAUU